AUGUUCGAUGAUAGCCCCUUCAAAUGUGACAAGUACCAGUACAUUGAGUCGGCAGAUCUUGACGCGGGCGAAAGUAAUGCAUCCGAUGACGAUCUCACGGAGCCUGUCCUUUCUGAAAUGCGACAGGCAGAUUGCAUUCAACCACAAGAAGGCAGUACAGGAGUUUCUCAUUCACUCAUCCCAGACCUGGCCUUUUAUAAGCAAGACGAUUCCGAGAUCCGCAACAUUAAAAGCCAGAGUGGCUUUUCGGCGAAAAUCCUCAAGUCGUCCAUUGAAGCCAUUUUAUCAGCCAACCAAUCGUACACGAAAUGGACCAAGAAACUUGACGAUAUCAUUCCAAUGCUUGAUGUCGAGUUUCUGGCGGUCAGGCUUGGAGCUCUGUGUGACGCGCUUCUGGAUCGUCAAGCGACCGUCUCUCAAUCCAGCCAAGUGCCGAACACAUUCGACAAGAUCAUCCAAGGAGUAUCGGAUAUCAACGAUGAUACCUGCCGUUCGGUCAUUCGCCAUACUUUGUCAUCAGUUAGCGCACACGAGGAGUUCGAGGGUUCCAAAGCUGCGUUGAUUCAAGAGAUGAAGGCCGCCACACCUGGCAAGUCUGGAGGCGAUGAGAACAAUGCGCUAAAGUACUUCGCCCAAAAACUGUCCGCAAGAGCCAUUGCACUUGGAGGAAAUAAGAGAGCCAAUACGAAUCAAAAGUUCAAAAAGUCAAGGCUCUUGGCCUCCACCUCUCACAGAACCUCAUCUCGAAAUUCGGAAUUGGUGUACUCGGAGUACUAUCUCUCGUGUCCGCUCUGCUGCAUCAUUGCCGUCAUGGCAUGUCUGCACGACCAACUCGAGCAAGGAAUUCGGGCUCUCAGUAGUGGUCCUGGCAGAAGGUUGGUUGAGGCUUCCGAGUCCGGAACCAUGACAAGGGACGACUGCGAAGCGGUGUUCACAGACAUCCAGACCGUCGCACAAUCUUAUGGCUUUCAGCUGCCCACCCCCACGGCCGACGGUUUCCAUUUUGUUGUUUUCACUCCUGAACUAGUCUUGCAAGCGGGCCUCCAGGAUUUAGACCUGAAAGACGAAAGCGUUUUCGUCUUGACAACGACUCCUACCAAUCCCCGACUUGCCAUUACUCCUCUUCAGCCACGCGAUCGUGGAGCUGACCUCAAGGACCAGUCCCACUGGGGUUUCUGGCUUGUCCAAGUUGAGGGCGGUAAGCGACUCAGGAAGGAUGCAAAGAAGUUUGUACUUCAAUGUACAUGGUUCGACUCAGCCGUCAAAGAUCCCCAGGCCGCGCAAGUGACUGACGAUCACUACGGACACGCAGAUGCGAGCGAGAGGCUCCGCUCACUGAUCCCAAAUCUCGAAGUCGAAAUUGGUGGGAUCUCCUGGUCCAUCCGUGAGCUGAAGGCACCAUCCUAUGGUCAUAUCCGCCCAGAGGAUUGUGGCAUCCAUGUCAUCCGCAAUGCCACAGCAGUCAUGCGCGGCGAAAAUAGGAUGGACUCGCAAAUUGGCAAUACUGAGUGUGGUCAGCUGCGUCGGAGCUACAGGCGAAUGCUUUUGCAGUACCUACGCUACCUGCAAGUGCAACGGGAGAAUAUCAAGGACGGUCAAUCUACAGCUGGGCAUCAACCUUGGGAGUCGAAGACGGUCCUCCUGGCGAAUGGGCUCGUUAUUGUCGUCGAAGUCGUACAAGAACGCGUGGUUCCUAUUCUUGGCGACGAGUCGCUGCACGAACUUCUGCGAAUUUGGAGUCCGGACGUCAACCUGCCGACGACAGAUCUCACUUGGAGUCAGCUCAUCGAGUAA